CUGGCCGCAGGCAGCUGGUGUCUCGGGCUCCGUCGGGCUGCCGGGCAGAGGCAGCAGCAGCAGCCGCCGCGACGCGGAGCGAGUGAGCCAGAGCGGCUGGAGGAGGAGGCGGCCGGGCAGCGCCAGCCCGGGAGAGCGAACCUCGCGACGCUGCGCCCGCGCUCCAGCUUUCGCCGCCGCCCUCUCCAGCCUUCCCCCGCGCCCACCGAGGCCGAGAGCUCCGGCUCCAGCCCCGGCGCCGGCGCGAGCCGCUCCGAGCUCCCGGCAAGUUCGGCGGCGGCCCCGGCUGGCUCGUGGGCCCGUCUCUGGGAAAGUUUCCCCCGCGGCGGAGGCGGCAGCGGCGGCUCGAGCUCGGGCUCCGGCUCCUCCGGCUCCUGCUCCGGAUCCUGCUGCGACUGCUACCGCCCGAGGCUCCCGGGGAAGGCAGCGCGCGGCGGCUGAGGUCCGGUCCAGUUCGGGCGCUGCUGGCGGCCCCCGGGGCUGCUCCCCGGACUGCUGCUGGAAGAGCUUAUCUUGGAGCCAGAGAUAAAGAAAGGAUCAGGGAUCUUUGGAGGAGGAGUUGAGAAUCCAGAAUCCUAGGAGCCACGUCUAGCAGAAGCGUUCCUGGAGCUGAAUAAGGUGACAUUGGUUUGCGUGGGAAUCAGUGUAGUCGGCGGUCCUGAUUGAUACAAACAUAGCCCCGGAACUGAACUUCUGGGAAGGAACUCGGUGACCCGGAGUCCUUCAUUGGCUGUGGAGGUCGAGGUUGGCCAAUAGUAUAACUGGACCAGAAUCCUUUGGACCCUUUGGAGUCAGCUGUCUCAUUGAAGUCCCAAAAGGCUGAGGAGCACCAUGGAGGGCGACUGUCUGAGCUGCAUGAAGUAUCUGAUGUUUGUUUUCAAUUUCUUCAUAUUUCUUGGGGGGGCCUGCCUUCUCGGCAUCGGGAUCUGGGUCAUGGUGGACCCCACCGGGUUUCGGGAGAUCGUGGCCGCUAACCCCCUCCUCUUCACGGGCGCCUACAUCUUGCUGGCCAUGGGGGCCCUGCUUUUCCUACUCGGUUUCCUGGGCUGCUGUGGAGCCAUCCGGGAAAACAAAUGUUUGCUACUCUUCUUUUUCCUGUUCAUCUUGUUAAUAUUCCUGGCAGAGCUCUCAGCAGCCAUCCUGGCCUUCAUUUUCAGAGAAAAUCUAACAAGAGAGUUCUUCACCAAGGAGCUGACAAAGCAUUAUCAGGGAAGCAACGAGACAGACGUCUUCUCUGUGACCUGGAAUUCAGUCAUGAUCACGUUUGGCUGCUGUGGGGUCAAUGGACCCGAAGAUUUUAAGUCUGCCCCAGUUUACCGCUUUCUGAACUUCAAUGGGGAUGAGGUUCCAGAGGCAUGCUGCCGAAGAGAACCCCAAAGUCGGGACGGCGUUCUGGUCAACAGGGAGGAGUGCCUCUUGGGAAGAGAUCGCUCUUUGAACAAACAGGGCUGUUACACUGUGAUCCUCAAUUCCUUUGAGACAUAUGUAUAUCUUGCUGGAGCACUUGCCAUUGGAGUGUUGGCUAUUGAGCUGUUUGCCAUGAUCUUUGCCAUGUGCCUCUUCCGAGGGAUCCAGUAAAGAGGGUCCCACCCCUCCCAUUCCAGGCGAUUGCUACCCCUGCCCCACCUCCUCCCCUCCCCGCAGACCCCGCCCCGCCUGCCUGCCCGAUGCGGACAAAGAAAGCUGGCAGGGGGCGGGUGGCGGGGAAGGUGAGAAGGACGAGGGCAGUAAAUAACUAUAUUUUUUAACAAGAAGAAAUGAAGAAAGGAAAAAAAAGAUUGUUGUAACAUAUACUUGGCCAAGGAGAAAGCCCAGAAUCGGAGGUGCCGUGCACUGGACGUGAGCGCCGGGCUUCUCCCUGCGGGCAGCUGCCCAGGGACCGGAGCCAGCCGGGCGUGGAUUGCACUAAAGACCAAAGGAGCAUUGGCAGUGGAGUGACGGGGAGGCGACUCCCAGCGUCCCCUCUCCUUGUACAGCUCAACCCCACAACCGCCCCUCAGCCACCAUGUUCGACCAGACCAAGCGACGGCAGGAAAGUUUCGGAACGCAGGAGACAGCAAGAGGGAGACUGAGAAAGGGAAACAGAAAGAGAGGGAAACUGAGUAGCCCAGCAAAAAGACUGCCCUUCUGGGGAGAGGACUAAAAAACAAAAAUAGGCAAUUUUGGGAAAUAUUCUGUUAUUGGGGAAAACUUGGGUUCGAUUUGCAACUCCCCUGGGGAAGCGAGCUUAAGUGGGCAGCUGAGGGGAGGGACAGAAGGGGAGGGGUGUGUCCUAAGGGAAGAUUUUUGAGGAUGUUUGGAUGAAGAAAAUUAGGGUCACUCUCUGUUCCCUUUAAGAAGUGCCCUGGGUUAAUUAUCACCACCUUCCCUCUGGCCACCUCAUCACCCCUUCUCUCACAUACGGGGGCUCAAGGGUCUGGAGCUGGAGACCAACUCGUGCUGAUGAUGCUCUGGACCACUGUGUGCUUUGCCCAAGACGCCAUCUGCCUGCUCUGUCUCACCCGUUCUGGCUGUAUCCCCCAUCUCCCUUCUCGGGGACUAUAAGGGAGAGUAGCCAGCCAACCAGGUCCCUGAGGACACUUUGCAGACAUAAGUUCUCCUUCAGUUCUCCUUCCGCUGGUCAGGCCCCCACAUCAACCUUGCCCUUGGAAAGGGGGUGAAAUCAGGGGUAUUCUUCCCCUUCUCACCUCCUCCCUCCAGAGCUAAAACUUGGGUAAGAGUCAGAGUGGGGAGUUUAGAAGCGCCCGUCACCUUCCUGGGGGCAGACGCUGAUCUAUCCGCCCCUCCUGUGGUGGCAGGGGUCUCAGCUCUGGCCCUAGCAGCAACAGCAGCGGGCUUUUUUAGCCUUCAGAAGUCCAGCAAGGCUGAAAUCUCAAGGGAGCGCGUCCAUCGCCCCUCCUGCUGUGGGUGAAUAUGUGCACUGGGGCUGCCUGCCUCCUGUGGUCUCCCUCCUUCCUGUGGACUGCCCAUUCUCCUGCCCUCCUCCCGCUAAGGCUAGGGAAAAAGGCCGUGCCCACGUGAAGUACCCAGGGUCCCAUAGGCACCUCCCCAGGCCCAGAAGUGAAAAUAAAUCCCUCCUCAUUCAGCUUCCUGGCCCUUCUUUCCCCAGUAGGGUUCCCCCAGAAAAAGGAAUAACUGAAAGCCUUUUUUGAGGAAACAGGGAGAGAGACCCUCCAGAAUGAGCCAGGACAGUUCCUCCUUCAGGAGCACAGAGUGAAGAAUAUCUAGAUCAAAUCCAUCAUGGGGCAAAUGGAAGGCUCUUCUCUCCACCCAGCUUUUCCCAAUCAUCCAGUCCUGUCAAAAGGGGGGGUGGGACACUUAAUCCCAACCUACGCUGCCAAUUUUGUUAGGAACCAGUGCCCCUUUCAGAAGCUACUGACUCUUUGGAGAAAGGAAGAAAACUUUGGCAGGAAGGGUAGGGGCGGGCUCUGGGGUCCCCACCAGACCCAGGGCCCAGAGCUGCUGCUGCUUGUUUUUUGUAAUCAUCCCCCUGGCCCACUCCCCCCACCCCUCACUUGCUCCUUUUCCCCUUUUCUCUGUCAUUAUCUAACUGGAGGCCCUGGGGGAGAUUGAGCUCCCCAGAGCACUCCCAGCUUCCCUCCCCCAGCCCAAUCUCUGCCAUGUGAAAUACGUUUAAAGUCUAUUUUGAAAAUUGUAAAUGUUCCUUGGAGUAGAUAGCAGAGCUAAUUUAUCAUGUAUUCCCUCCCAUCAGGCUUUUUUUAUAUUGGGGAGUUUUUUUGUAAUAUAAAACAGAACACGCGUUGAAUGUUCUGCACCGGUCUUUGUGUCUGUUUCUUAAAAAAUGAAUAAAUAAAUAACUGCGUAUAUAAAUGGUGA